UAUUUGAUCCACCACACUGCAAAGUGUUGAGAUCAAAAUGUCCUAAAUUGCAAAGGAAAUUUUUCAGGAUAAAAAAUAAAACUUUCAAAGUUACAAAUAAGAACAUUAAAUAUUUGUUUUCAAAAUAAGUUUUUGCAUUUGCAGCACAUAUGUUUUCAUAUAUGUCGUCUCUCAUCUUACUUCCUCCCUAUCUUUUGAAUCUUCCAGGAAGGAGGAGUCACUCAGUCCAGUUCUCACAUACAGUCAAUGAAUUAAACCCAUUAUUUUUCUAUUGUAAAUCUUAUCUCAAAUGUUCAGUUCAAUAAAAACUUUCUAUUUUGUUCACCUUUUGCAGCCAAGUAUAAGAUUCUCAGUUUACAACAUUUUAGGUCCAUUUGGAACAACAGUCUCAAAACAUUAAUCAGGAUUAAUCACAAUGUUUUACCGGAUCAAUUUUACAUGACAUUGUGCAGCUUUUGAUAAAUAAAAGGCCACAGAGAAAAUGUUACUUCAUUGUUUAUUGUCUGAAAUGUUUAAAUGUAUAAAUUGUUAUAACUCAGAAAGUGACUGAGGGUGUUCCUAGACUGGAAAUGUCUGUUGGUCCGGACUGAGUUCACUUAUUUGUCCCGAAACGAGUCCUGAACCUUGUGUUUUAGUCUAUCAGAGGUUUCUGUUUCAGACCAAACUUUGUAAACAAAACCAUGUGACUAAAGAUCUCCUCAGUCAUUGGCCAGCAGUUAUGGGGGCGGGUCAAAACAGGAGAGAAAAAUGGAUUCGCUGCGGUCUGCAAAUGCUUUCCAGGAUUUUUCACUUAUUCAAACUUUUUAUUUUGCUGAUGGAUUUUGAGCGUCUGUAUGAAGGUUCAACACAUUUCACUGCUGGUUUGGUACCGCGGAGGAAUCCUGCCUGACGGUUACUGGAGAUGCUACGGAUACAGGUACACACGCUAAUAAGUGUUUGUGACAUGUGGAUUGUCGAUAGAAUCAAUGUGGAUCAGUUUAAAAAAAAAGUUGUUUUAUUGAGCAUGAAUUCAUCCGACCACAUUUUAAUGAGUUCUCAUCGUUGUGAUGUUAUGGCUUUGAUUUUAAUUCUGUUGGAACUACAAUGGAGCUUUUAAGAUGACGUCACGGCAGCACCUCGUGAGCGUUCCGCAUAACGAGACACAGUGGUGUUAAAAUAAACGUUCUAGCAAGUAAACAGUUGGAACAAUUAUUUCCUUUUGGCUAACAUGACAAUCGAUGCUCUACAUUUGUCCAUGGCUCACCGAUCGACGUGUUUACAUCACAUAACUGUCGGCUACGGUGGCCAUUUUGGUUCAGUUGUUCUGCUCUCGGUUUGAAAGAUGGGUGAGAAAGCGGUUCCUGGUUGCGGACCACAGUUAAUUUGCGCGUAUUCAGACUAAAACUUUAUCCCGGAUUAUCGGGGGAAACAAACUCUGGUUCUCUUUAAGCGGACCAAAUGUGUCCACCCUAAGAUUAAAGUACUAAAAGUCGAUUAAAUAUUUAUUACUUUUGUAGAUGACCAUGGUAUAAGCAGGAUAGUGCCCGACAAAAUGUGCAUUUUCAGAAAUAAUGUGGAAGACAACGUUAAUAAACAUUAACGCAUUCACUUUUUUUUUUUUAAUUGAUCCCCUGCGUUAGCCCUAAUUUGAAGACACUGCAAAGGUUAAUGUGAUUUAGUUUGUUUUAUUUUAUUUAUGUUUUUAUUUUUUCAGGUUUUCUUUGUGCUUCUCCUCAAGUCAUCAGAGGAUUCCUGUUUUUUUCAUCUUCAUCAUCACAUCAGAAAGUUCUAGUAAAGUUGGUUCCCCUGUGAUUCUCUGGGUCGUCCCCCUGUGGUCAUCCUCACACUCAGAGCAGCUUUAAGCUUUAAGCAUUCAGCGUCUGCAGCAGAUCCCAGCUCGGCUCUGACGAUGGAAGGAGGUGACCUCUGCUUUCCGGCGAUCAACGGCUCGUGUCCCAAACAGAAGCGUUCUCCGUCCUUCACGCUGCUGGCUUCAGUUCUGCUGUCCUUCCUCUCUGUUCUUACUGCGGUUCUGAACCUACUGCUCAUCAUCUCCAUCUCUCACUUCAGGCAGCUCCACACUCCCACCAACCUCCUGCUGCUCUCUCUGGCGGUAGCAGACUUCUGCGUGGGCCUCCUCCUGCUGUUUCAGAUCCCGCUCUUAGACGGCUGCUGGUAUCUGGGAGAUGUCAUGUGUGUUUUUUACUACAUUUUAGUCGUAGUCACUACCUGUGCCUCCAUAGGGACUAUGGUUCUCAUAUCAGUCGACAGGUAUGUGGCCAUUUGUUAUCCUUUGCAUUAUCCUGCUAAAAUCACCCCAAAGAGAGCGGGAGUGGGCGUGGUCCUCUGCUGGAGCUGCUCGCUCCUUUACGACAUUCUAAUGAUGAAGGAUAACCUCAAGCAGCCGGGCCGGUUCAGCUCCUGCUCCGGAGACUGUGUGGUCCACCUGAGUCCCGCCAGUCACGUUGUUGACCAGGUUGUGUCCUUCUUUGUUCCCAUCGCGGUCAUAGCGGUCCUGUACGGCAGAGUGUUUGUGGUGGCGGUGUCUCAGGGGCGGGCCCUGCGCUCUCAGGUUGCAGCCGGCCCUCGCAAAAACAGAGCGAUGGUGAGAAAGUCUGAGAUGAAGGCCGCCGGCACUCUCGGCGUUGUGGUUUUUGUGUUUAUCCUGUGUCUGUUCCCCUCCUACUCUGCCUCGCUCACAGGUCAGGAAACGCUGAUCGACGCCGUCUCCGCCGCGUUCAUGUUUUUUCUGGCCUUCUUUAACUCGUGCCUGAACCCGAUCAUCUACGCCUUUUUCUAUCCUUGGUUCAGAAAAUCGAUCAAACUCAUCAUGACGCUCGGAGUUCUGAAAGCUGAUUCCCGUGAUGCCAACUUAAUGUAGAUCUGUUUGUGAUCUUUAAGAGCUUCCACAUAAACAAUCUGCCUCAUGUUGAGAAUAAAAGCAAGAAUAUAUGUUUAUAGUAAGAUCUGAAGCCAUCUUCAAUGCCAUAAACCCGGAAUGGUGAUAGAGGUAUCCAAUGGAUCUGCUCUGACAUGUUCUAAUUGGUUGGACACACCUGAUCCAGGUAAUCAGCUGUGAACAAGCCGACAAACUCCUGAAAACAUGCAGACACACCGGCCCUUAAAACAUGCAGACACACCGGCCCUUGAGGCCUGGAGUUCAAGCAUCUCAUGUUGAUUUACCAUGAAAUUCAAUGAAAUAUUAGUUUUAUUCUUACAUCUUUUUGAAUUUUUACUACUUUGCAAUUUGCUCUGUUAA